CUUCAAAGUCUUAUAUCUCAUUCAAUUUAACUCCAAUGGAUGCAGCGUUAGCAGCGAUCGAAUCGCUGAAGCCAGGCAAAUCAAUUAAUUAUACUGAAAUUGCGAAACAAUUUGGGGUUAACCGGUUAACUCUGUCAAGGCGCCACCGCGGUGUUCAGCGAUCGAGGGAAGACCAAUAUGAAGAGCAGCGAAUUCUCAACAACCAACAGGCUAAAGACCUUAUUAUAUAUAUUAAUGGGCUCUCUGACAAAGGAGCCAGGAAAGCACUGGCCUGGGCGCUUUCUAAAGAAGCAUCAUAAUGAACUUGCCUCUGCCUACACCACCGCGAUGGAUUCAAAUCGAAAGAGAGCCGAUUCAGCAUAUAAAUAUGCGCGAUACUUUGAUCUUUUAGCCCGGAAGAUGGACCAAUACAAGGUUGAGGCGGAGAAUAUAUACAAUAUGGAUGAGAAGGGAUUUCUUAUUGGAAUGCUAUCUAAAGGCCUCAGGAUCUUCUCCAAGAAGAAAUAUCAGGAAGGAAACUUCCAGGAGCGCCUACAAGAUGGGAAUCGCGAGUGGAUUACUACAAUUGCUUGUAUUUGCGCUGAUGGGACCUCGCUGUCCCCAGGGCUUAUUUACCAAGCGGCCAGCGGCGAUAUACAAGAUACAUGGCUUCAGGAUUUUGAUCCUCAACACCAUAAGGUCUUUUUUAGCUCCUCUACAAGCGGUUGGACAAAUGAUGAGCUGGGAUUCGCUUGGUUGACUCAAAUUUUCGAUCGAGAAACAAAGGACAAGGCACGGAGGCGCUGGAGGCUUCUAUUCCUAGAUGGCCACGGAUCUCACCUCACCAUGAAGUUCUUCGAUUACUGUGAUAAGAAUAAGAUCAUUCUAGUCACUUAUCCGCCUCAUUCGACCCAUUCGCUGCAGCCGCUAGAUGUUGGGAUCUUCAGCCCGCUGUCGAAGGCCUAUAGUGAUGAACUGGAGGCAUUUCUUCAUAUAUCUCUGGGAUUAAGCCAUAUUACAAAACGGGACUUCUUUCGCCUCUUCUUCCCAGCCUGGGGAAGGGCUUUGACAUGCGAGAAUAUUAUAUCUUCAUGGAAAACUGUUGGAAUACAUCCCUUCGACCCAGAGAUCAUCCUCAAGAGAUUCAGCAAGGAACCAGAGUCAAGACCUUCUACUAGCGAGUCAUCCCGCUCUGUAUUAAGUGCAGAAGACUGGAAGCGAAUCGAAAAUCUCCUCCGGGGUGUUGUCACAGAUGUAUACAAUGAAAACACCAAGAAGUUAAGAUUAACGAUGCAUCACCUCUCUACAGAGAAUAUUCUUCUAAAACUCCGCUGCGAAGGCCUAGAAACAGCUCUCCAGAAUGAGAAGAAGAAGAGACAACGUGGGAAACCUCUACAGCUUCAACUACAAGCUCCAGAGGAUGGUGGUGCAGUGUUUUACUCGCCUCAAAAGAUUCAGCAAGCGCGUGACCUUCAGCUUGAAAAGGAAAGAGCUGCUAAUGAGCUAAAGGCUUCCAAAGAGCUUCAAAAGGUCCGCCGGCAGGAAGCUAAAGAGCUUAAGCAGCAAUUACUUGAAGAGCGCAAGCGAAACCGGGAACAUCAGCAAGAGUUGCGCCGCUUGGAGGCAGAGCAAAAGAAGAAGGAGAAGGAGGAAGCUCGCGCGGCAAAGGAGGCAGAGAAGCAACUCCAAAAAGACUUCCAGCAAGUAAGGAAGACCCCAAAGAAGCCAUCUAAAGCUUUGAAUCGUCAAAAACCUCAAGAUAUCAACCCAGUGUCGCCUGAUGUUGUUGAAGAGGUCCCUCCUACUGUAAAUCGACGAGGCCGCGAGAUCCGGCUUCCACAGCGCUUCCGGACCAAUUAAAAUUCAUUAAAUUACUCUAGAUAAUGACUAUAUUACACCACCAAAAAAUUGAGCGAUAAUAUUAAUUAUAUGUGGUUGAAUUGCCUCAUGUUCUGUAGGUAAGGUGGUGGUUGAAAUCGAUCGUCAGAUGGGGACGAUCGUCAGGUGAUCACCCACUGUACUCCGUUCCGGUCGCGUGGAUUUCCUAGGAAAUUGCAACACGUAAAAACAACUACUCUCAGCUCAGACCGAAUUUUUGAAAUUUCUCGCUAAAAAGCAGUUCAAUUGACCUUAAACCUGGUUCAAUCUAUUAACCAGGCUUCUGGCUAUCGCCCUAUACCCAGAAGUCAUGGUCGGUGGAACUAUUUGGCCAGUGUUGGGGAUCCAGCCCCUGAAUCACCUCGAGCAUGCCGCGACGUUUGAGGCGGUCAAGCAGGGGAUCGCUCUGACAAAUUGACUCGGUACGAAAAGAAAGAAAAAACAUAUACCUUCCUCCCAGAGCCACGGCCUUGUAUGCGAAUCAAAUGGGUAAGCGUAUCACGUAAUCGUACUGUAGUGAUUUCAAGCCGGAGGCCUGGAAACAUCGGUCUUGAUGCUACCCCAAAAGCCGGAGUUGUCUCCGUAGGUGUACCUAGAACUAGGAUAGGUAUUUUCAAUAUAAGCAGAGUUGACGUGCAUGGUAAAAGGACCAGCAGCAUAAUCUGUGCGUCCACCAGCCCAUGAAAUAGUUCCAGGAGC